UAUAGAAAUGCAAAUGGAAAGCUACAAUGGAGGGCCAAGGAACAUGCUAGACCUGAGGUCUUACAGUGCAAGUUCUGCUCAACAAAACCAGCUUGGGAAGGAGAUUAAGAUUAAGAACAAAAGCUCAUCUGGGUCUUCUUCAAAAAGCUGGAGCUUUACUGAUCCUGAGAUGCAGAGGAAGAAAAGGGUUGCUAGCUAUAAGGUUUAUGCGGUUGAAGGCAGGAUGAAAGGGUCUUUGAGGAAGAGUUUCAGGUGGAUCAAGGACACUUGUACCCAAGUUGUCUAUGGCUGGCAGUGAUCCAUGGCCAUGCACAAUCUCUUGGUUUCUUUUUCUUUUCUUUUUCUUCCUUUUUUGUGUUUUGUGAGGUUUGUGCUUUACUAUGUUGGUGAAUGAAGGAUGAAAAACUUGAGAUUUA